GCGUUAUUCCCCUUCCCACUCGUCUCCCUCCCGACUGGCUGACCGGCGCUUUAUAUAAGAAGAGCCCCACUAGUCCACUACCACUGUGUCUGUGUGUCACCCGGCCUCUCCCGUCCCGUGCCUCUGCCCCGCUCUGCUCCGCGACACACGCGCACGCCUCGCACGCCUGGACGGACCGGACCACCUCCAAGCCAGCCAAGAUCGACGCCAUGGGCUUCCCCGUGGGGUACUCGGAGCUGCUGCUCCCCCGGCUGCUCCUGCAGGCGCUCCUCCUCCUCGGCCACCUCCACCGCUUCCUCCUCUGGGCCUUCCACGCCGUGGGCCUGGGCGACCUCAUCGACCUCGGCGGCAGCGCGCCCACGGCGGAGGAGGCGCAGUGGCACGCGCACCACGGGGCGGCGCCCUCGUCCUUGCCCUCGCAAUCGCUGCAGCACCGGCGGCCCGGCUUCCGCGCGCUGCCCCCGAUGGCCGCCGUCGAGGAGGCGCUCCCCGUGCUGCGGUUCGACGAGCUGUUGGCGUCCUCGCCGUCCGUGUGCGGGGACGGCGACUGCGCCGUCUGCCUCUGCGGCAUCGGCGGCGGCGACGAGGUGCGGCGGCUGUCCAACUGCCGCCACGUCUUCCACCGCGGCUGCAUCGACCGCUGGAUGGGCCACCGACAGCGCACCUGCCCGCUCUGCCGCGCCCCGCUCAUGCCCGGCGACGCGCUCUCGGCCGACCUCCCGGACGCCUCCGACUUGGACAUGUCCUACCCGUCCCCGCUGCCGCUGGCGGCCACCCCGACCCUGCUGCGCCCGCACGAGCUGCUGCUCAACGGCCUCGGCGGCUUCCAGUGAGGCCGGCCCGGUGAGAACUCUGAAGCCAGCGCGCUGACCUGUACAUAGGCGCCCGCCACGGAGAGACGGAGCAGACCCCCGGAGAUCAUUCUAAGCAAAGAAUAGACUACUCCUAGCCUAGGAGCUAUGUAGGCCGAUUCCAUCUUCCAAGCCUGUGGAGCUGUGGAUCUUUUUUGCAGAUUCAAGUAACUUGUCCAGCUAUGAAUAUCGUGUGUUUUUGCCAAA